CUCGACAUCAAUAAUUCUUUAUAUAUUGACUUGUGAAAGGACCAUUCCUUUCUGGCUACUACGAUGGCCCCCAAACCUCCGUCCGGAACGUCCGCCCGAUCCUGGGAUGGAGUGAACCCUCCUCUAUCAGAAUGGGUUCUUGAAGCUGUCUCGUCCAUGGGCUUCACGCGGAUGACGCCCGUACAAGCAUCCGCCAUUCCUCUGUUUAUGGCACAUAAGGAUGUUGUGGUUGAGGCUGUUACUGGAAGUGGAAAGACGCUUUCUUUUCUGAUUCCAGUGGUGGAAAAGUUAUUACGCGUGGAGGAGCCGAUUAAGAAGCAUCACGUUGGUGCCAUUAUCAUUUCGCCGACGAGAGAACUUGCUUCACAGAUCUACAAAGUGCUACUGUCGCUAUUAGAAUUCCACCCUGCCUCAGCCGCCGCCAUCAAUCCCUCAGAAGACGAUGCGUCCCGCAAGAAACAAUCCUCCUCUACCUACAAGGUCGUUCCGCAGCUUCUUCUCGGAGGCGCGACAUCACCCGCCGAAGACUUGAGUAACUUCCUGAAGCGCUCGCCGAAUCUUUUGGUCUCUACGCCUGGACGGUUACUGGAAUUGCUUUCGUCGCCUCACGUCCAUUGUCCUCAGUCGUCAUUUGAAAUGCUAGUGUUGGAUGAGGCGGAUAGACUUUUAGAUCUUGGGUUCAAGAAUGAUCUUCAGAACAUUCUGCGCCGGCUGCCUAAGCAGAGACGGACGGGGUUGUUUAGUGCUAGUGUCAGCGAGGCAGUGGACCAGAUUGUGCGCGUUGGUCUGCGCAAUCCCGUCAAGGUUAUAGUCAAGGUGAAGGGGUCAUCUGGUGCUUUGGAUAAGCGGACUCCAGCGAGUCUACAAAUGACCUACCUCACCGUCCCCGCCCUACACAAAUUCCCAGCCCUCAAAAAGAUCCUCUCCUCCGUCCAACCAACACCCCAAAAAACAAUCUUCUUCGUCUCAACCUGCACAGGCGUUGACUACCUCGCCGCAAUCCUCCCCUCAAUCCUAGGCAACGAAUACUCCCUAAUCCCCCUCCACGGAAAACACCCAGCAACCGUCCGCCAAAAGAACUUUAACGCCUACGUCAACUCCCAAACACCCGCCAUCCUCCUAACAACAGACGUCGCAUCCAGAGGUCUAGAUAUCCCAUCCGUCGACCUCGUCGUCCAACUCGACCCACCCGCAGACCCAAAGACAUUCAUCCACCGAUGCGGCCGCGCAGGCCGUGCCGGCCGUCGCGGAAUCAGCGUAGUCCUCCUCCACCCCGGCCGCGAAGAAGACUACGUCUCUUUCCUCGAAGUCCGCAAAACACCCGUCACCGCAUUCCCUUACCCCAUCGACAUCACCGACGAAGACGCAGCCGCGGCCACCGAGACCGCGCGCAAAAUCGCCCUCAAGGACCGCGCGUACCAUGACCGCGGUCAAAAGGCCUUCGUCAGCUGGCUUCGCAGCUACAGCAAGCACCAAGCAAGCAGUAUUUUCCGCGUCGCGGACCUCGACUGGGAAGGCCUAGGCAAAUCAUGGGGUCUACUCAAACUCCCCAAAAUGCCUGAACUGCGCAACUUCACGGGUGACCGCACGCUAGGCGUUAAAAUCGACUGGGACAACUACACCUACAAGGAUAAACAGCGCGAAGCACGACGCAAGGAAGCCCUCGCCGAAUACCAGAACGGAACAGCCGAGGAUAACCAGCAAUCGAACAAACGACCCGCAAGCGAGAGUGUCGCGUGGAGCGAUAAACUAGACAACAAGAAUAAGAAGGCUAAGAGAAAGGAUCAGAAGAAGGCGAAGCAGGAUCAUACUAAAUGGGAGCGGAUGACGGAGGAGGAGAAGCAGAAGGUUCUGGAGACGGAGACGAUGCUUGCGGAGGUUAAGAAGAAGAAUGAUGAGGAGAGGAGGUUGAGACGGGAGGCUAAGAAGGCUGAAACUGGGGGUAAAGGUGCUGCUGGGGAUGGUGUUGAGGAGGAAUUUCAGGGGUUUGAUUGAAUAUAUUGAAUUCUGAAUGGUUUAUCUUGUUGUCUCUAUGUGAUACCUUACGUGUAUAUGUAUCUUCGAUAUUGAAUAGACAUGCCCUAUCCACACCAACAUCAACCCAAUAAACCAAUAUCAGUAAGGC